UAUAAAUAUAUUUAAUUAACAAGUUCUUCGAUCAAGGAAAUAUCAUAUGCAUUAUUUUUAAUCUAUUGAUGAUAGAAGAAAUGAAUUUCUUUUAAUAAACAACAAUCAAGAAGCAUUUAUCAAUUGCCAUGGCAACCAUCUCAUGUUGAAUCUUUCUCACUAACGAUUUUUUCGAUUUCUUGUGUUUGUCUCGUUCAUUGAAUUCUCAUAUCAAUAGUUCGACUGAAUCAGAAAAUAAAUUCGCUUUAUAAUGGCUAAAUCUGUGACUGUUUAUGAAAAACCAAUACCACAUAUAGGAUUACCCGAUUGGUAUGCUAAGCAAUGGGAACUUCAGCAAAGUGUAGGAAGUAGAACAUCUGAUGCAUUUGAAUUACGUAAUUCAGGAAGGAUCACUCGAUCCGAAACAAGAAUUAAAACAGAAUGGAAUACAUAUAUGAAUAAUGUUCGACUGGCAGAUAGGAUAACAGAACUCUCUAAAUGGGGAGAAUUAUUUGAACAUUUAUUAGAAAGAUUACUCUCUGAAAUACAUCUUUUAAAAGAUGAGAAAGCAAACACGGAAAGAGAAAUAGAUACAUUAAAUUAUCCUCUACAAAUUACUGCAGAAUGUAUUUCAAUGAGAGAUUGCCGUCGAGGAACGGAACUUACUUACGAUGAGGCUGAUACAGAAUUGAAAAAAGAACUCUGUGUUAUCGAAAAUGUUAAAACUUUUUUGACCGAUAAGGUGCAAGCCGCGUGGGAAAAAUUAAAUUGUUUGGAAGAAGUUAAAUUUAAAAUAAGUUUAGAUAUCGAAGAUAAGAAUGAAACCACUAGGAUUGAUAAAGAAAAUCUUGAAUUGGAUCGUACUUGUGCUAAUAUUAGUUAUAAACCGAAUGCUUUAAAAAGAUCAAAAAAUGAGAUAUCUUAUGAAGGUUGGACAGAAUAUUGCAAUAAUUUGAAAAUUUUGGCUGACAAUGAAUUAAGUGAUGUAUAUAGUUUUCGGGAAGGUAUGCAAGUUAUGCGUGAACGUGCAAACAAUGAUAUAAAAGCUCAACAAGAUGUUACUGACUUUGCCUUAAGAAAACGUAUAUAUCAAACCCAAAAAGCUAGAAACGAACUUGAAUGGCAGAAACUGAAGAUGCAUAAAGAAAUGGAAAAUUUACAGAAAGAAAUUGUACGAUUAGAAGAUGAAUUUUUACAUAAAACAGAUGCAAUAAAAUGUGCCGAAACAAGAUUAGAAAAUCGUAGCUAUCGACCCGGUUUUGAAUCGUGUGAAGAUGAAGCACAAACGGGUUUAAGAAAUGAAGUUUUACAGUUGAGAAAAACAGAAAAUGAGUUAGCUAAAGCAAUUGAAAACGCGAAAGCAACAUAUAAUGGUCUAGAAUCUUUGCUUCUACGAGUUGAUAAAAAUUUAGAAGAUAAACAGCACUCACUUUCAACAGAUAUCAUGUGCUUAGAUAUGAGAUCAACAUUAAAAACUGGCGAUAGGACAAAAUUACCUAACGAAACAGAUCGUAAUAUUGUACUGACUCGUAUGGAGAAAGAAAUACCACUGGAAUCAUAA